AGGCUUGCCCAGCUGGCCUGAGUGGGGGGAACUCCAGUCGCCUUUAGGAAUGGCUGAAAAAGCCCACACGUGGGAAUGGCUCCCGCCCUGCCCCCCCACGACAGGUUGCAUUUGGGAGCUUCUCUGGUCGUUAGAGGACUGAGCCAAGAGUGAGCCACUCACCAGCUCUCCAGCACUGGGUGAGAGCAGCAGGCAAGGAUGGACGUAGAUGACAGCCUUCUUGUGAAUGGAAGCAACAUCCCUCCUCCUUGCGAACUAGGGGUGGAAAAUGAGACGCUCUCCUGCUUGAAUGAGCCCCGUCCUUCCAGAGAGUGGCAGCCGGCGGUACAGAUCCUCCUGUAUUCCUUGAUCUUCCUGCUCAGCGUGCUGGGAAACACACUGGUCAUUACGGUGCUGAUUCGGAACAAGAGAAUGAGAACUGUCACCAACAUCUUCCUGCUCUCCCUGGCUGUCAGCGACCUCAUGCUCUGUCUCUUCUGCAUGCCGUUCAAUCUCAUCCCCAACCUGCUCAAGGAUUUCAUCUUCGGGAGUGCUGUUUGCAAGACCACCACCUACUUCAUGGGCACCUCUGUGAGUGUAUCCACCUUUAAUCUGGUCGCCAUAUCUCUGGAGAGAUACAGUGCGAUCUGCAAACCCUUGCAGUCCCGGGUCUGGCAGACAAAAUCCCACGCUCUGAAGGUGAUUGCCGCAACCUGGUGCCUCUCCUUCACCAUCAUGACUCCGUACCCCAUUUACAGCAACUUGGUGCCUUUUACCAAAAGUAACAACCAGACCGCGAAUAUGUGCCGCUUCCUACUGCCAAAUGAUGUUCUGCGGCAGUCCUGGCACACGUUCCUGUUACUCAUCCUCUUUCUUAUUCCUGGAAUCGUGAUGAUGGUGGCCUAUGGGUUGAUCUCUGUGGAACUUUACCAAGGAAUAAGAUUUGACGCCAGCCAGAAGAAGUCUGCUCGAGAAAGGAAACUGAGCACCAGCAGCAGCAGAUACGAGGACAGUGACGGGUGCUACCUGCAGAAGUCCAAGCACCCAAGGAAGCUGGAGCUUCAGCAGCUGUCCACCGCCAGCAGCAGCAGCAGGGUCAACCGCAUCAGGAGCAGCAGCUCAGCAGCCAACCUGAUGGCCAAGAAGCGGGUGAUCCGCAUGCUCAUGGUCAUCGUGGUCCUCUUCUUCCUGUGCUGGAUGCCCAUCUUCAGCGCCAAUGCCUGGCGGGCCUAUGACCCCGCCUCUGCCGAGCGCCGCCUCUCAGGGACCCCCAUUUCCUUCAUCCUCCUGCUCUCUUACACCUCCUCCUGCGUCAACCCCAUCAUCUACUGCUUCAUGAACAAACGGUUCCGCCUCGGCUUCAUGGCCACCUUCCCCUGCUGCCCCAACCCUGGCCCUCCAGGGGUGAGAGGAGAGGUGGGCGAGGAGGAGGAAGGCAGGACCACAAGGGCCUCUCUGUCCAGGUACUCAUACAGCCAUAUGAGUACCUCUGCCCCACCCCUGUGAGCUGUCCCCUGCCCUCCAGUGCAGAAGGAAGGAAGGGGACUGUGGGAGGAGGAAAAGAAGAAGAAAGCAGGAGUAGGAGGAGGCAGGAAGUGAAGGAGAAGGAAGUCUCCAUUUCCAGUGAGAACUACUCACUGUCUGCCUUUCAUCCUUCAUGUUCCUGUGAAACACUAUGAGGGUGGGGCCAUGACUUGGUUUCCAGGCAGUUAAAGGCAGGAAAUUUUCAAGAACAUUCACCAUGCUGUAAAUGUAAUCGCCAAGCACAUGUUCAAAUGGGUAUGUGGAACUUACUGAGCUUUAGAAGCUUCUAGAACAUCCAAGGUGAGCUCUCACUCCCCAUAAUGACACACGUCUAUGCUCUGCUUCUUCUGCUGAUGCAGAAUUGUGGACACUGCUUUGUCCCUGGGGACUCUAUCACUCUGCCGUGUACAUUCUGGAGCCACCCCCCUCAUCAUGACCACAAGAGGGAAAACAAAGCAAACCCUCUUCUGGCCAUUUUCUGUAGUAAGAGAACAGCUUGACUUUUUCUUCUUGAGGUCAGUCAAGGACAUUCAGAGACAUCGUUUAUGUCGUCAUCAGAAUAGCGUAAGGAAGGUUGUCUCAAAGAUGGAAUUUGGCACUUACAUUUUUAAGCAUAACAAAGAUUACAAGGCAAAUAGCUGGAUGCAAUGCUGUCUUACUACAAGGAACGUUAAGUGCCAGAAUGUGCAUAGACAUAUGUUUUCCUACUUUAAUAUGUAUUGCUUAACUCCACCUUUAUGGGGUGAUAUGAAAUCCCUUGGCUUCUUUGCCUCAACUUAAUUUCUCAUACUCAUCUGGCACUUUCUGUUUUCCAGAAAGAUCUCUAGGUACAAAGGAGAGUUGUAACCUGUGUGCACCUAGCCAAGGGUGGGAAUGUGUGUAGUCAGGCCCAGAAUGAAAACUGGCAGAUGCAGACUCAAUUAACAAAUAACUUUUGGAUGUCAAAGCUGUCUAUGCAUUAAAUAUAAUCUAUGGAUUUGUUAAUAAUUGUAUUGAUUUUAUUUAUAUAUGUAAACCGAACAUAUAAGUAUGUUCAUUACAUAUAAGUAUGGUCUUUGGUGUGUUUUAAAAAAGAAAAAGAGGAUAGUGAAUUGAUGUUGGAAUUCAGCAGAUCUUACCAUGUUACAUUCCUUCACAGCACCUGGAGUUUCAUAUGAACUUAUUUUCUUUGCAAAAUCAGUCUUGAAAUCUCUCUCUUCUAAUUUAGAAAUCACAAUUUAAAAUAGGACAUGAGUUGUACAUUUAGAUACCAGGAAGUACAUUUCUUUCUUUUUUUGUCUUAUUUUCUUUCUUUUUUUUUUUAUUGAGGAAGAGUGGCCCUGA